AUGUCAGCUUACAAUCACCCUGGCGAAUUUCCUGCACCAAGCGGUUCAUCGCAAUACACCGAUCCUUACGGCUACGCGCAGCAGCAACCGCCAGUUCGAGAAAAGACACACGAGGAGAAGAUCCUGGAGAAAUCAAGGAAAUGGCAGCAAUUACAAAGCAAACGAUAUGGCGAGAAGCGCAAGUUUGGUUUUAUUGAACAUGAAAAGGAAGAUAUGCCUCCAGAGCAUUUGAGAAAGAUCAUCAAAGAUCAUGGUGACAUGUCAGCAAAAAAGUUUCGACACGACAAACGUAUUUAUCUUGGUGCUCUCAAGUACGUUCCACACGCUGUCCUGAAGUUGUUGGAGAACAUGCCGAUGCCUUGGGAGCAAGUACGUGAAGUCAAUGUCUUAUACCACAUCACGGGUGCGAUUACGUUUGUCAAUGAGAUUCCUUGGGUUGUGGAGCCUGUUUACAUUGCACAAUGGGGCACUAUGUGGAUCAUGAUGCGACGAGAGAAACGUGACAGACGACAUUUCAAGCGUAUGCGAUUUCCACCUUUUGAUGAUGAAGAACCACCACUCGAUUAUGGCGACAAUAUUAUGGAUGUGGAGCCACUUGAAGCUAUUCAGAUGGAAUUGGAUGAGGAGGAAGAUGCAGCAGUGUAUGAAUGGCUUUAUGAUCCCAAGCCGUUACUCGACACCAAGCAUAUCAAUGGCCCAUCAUACAGAAAAUGGCGUUUGGAUUUACCUAUCAUGUCGACCUUGUAUCGAUUGGCACAUCAAUUGUUGACCGAUUUGAAUGAUCAAAACUACUUUUAUCUCUUUGAUUUGCCAUCCUUCUUCACCGCAAAGGCAUUGAACGUGGCCAUUCCUGGUGGUCCCAAAUUCGAACCCUUGUAUCGUGACAUGGACACAGCCGAUGAAGAUUGGAACGAAUUCAACGACGUCAACAAGAUCAUCAUUCGCCAACCUAUUCGCACUGAAUACAAGAUCGCAUUCCCUUUCUUGUAUAACUCAUUACCACGUGGUGUGCGCGUCUCAUGGUAUCACAACCCCACCGUGGUGUAUAUUCGUGCCGAGGAUCCCGAUUUGCCUGCUUUCUAUUUCGACCCUAUCAUCAACCCCAUCUCAUCACGCACAUUGGAAGGAGCUGGUUCAAAGCAUGAGGAUGAGAUCUUUGGUGACGAGGAUGAGGAUACAGAAUUCAGCUUACCUGAACAAGUGCAGCCUUUCUUGGAGGACACUGAUUUGUACACUGACAACACUGCCAAUGCUAUCGCCUUGUAUUGGUCACCUCAUCCAUUCGACAAGCGAUCAGGUCGUACACGUCGUGCACAGGAUAUUCCUCUUGUCAAGAAUUGGUAUCUCGAGCAUUGCCCACCUAAUCAGCCUGUCAAGGUGCGCGUCUCCUAUCAAAAGUUGCUCAAAUGCUAUGUCUUGAAUGCUCUCAAGCACCGCCCACCAAAGGCACUCAACAAAAAGUAUCUAUUCCGCAGCCUCAAGCAAACCAAGUUCUUCCAAACCACACAGCUUGAUUGGGUCGAAGCCGGUUUGCAAGUGUGUCGUCAAGGUUACAACAUGUUGAACCUCUUGAUUCACCGCAAGAAUCUCAAUUACUUGCAUUUGGAUUACAACUUCAACCUCAAGCCCGUCAAGACAUUGACCACCAAGGAACGCAAAAAGUCUCGAUUCGGCAAUGCUUUCCACUUGUGCAGAGAAAUCUUGCGUCUCACCAAGCUUAUCGUCGACUCCCAUGUACAAUAUCGUCUUGGCAACGUCGAUGCUUUCCAAUUGGCUGAUGGUCUCCAAUACAUCUUUGCUCACGUUGGUCAACUCACUGGCAUGUACCGUUACAAGUACCGUUUGAUGCGACAAAUUCGUAUGUGCAAGGAUUUGAAACAUUUGAUUUACUAUCGCUUCAAUACGGGUCCUGUUGGUAAAGGUCCUGGUGUUGGUUUCUGGGCCCCUGGUUGGCGUGUGUGGCUCUUUUUCAUGCGUGGUAUUGUGCCCUUGUUGGAACGAUGGCUCGGCAAUUUGCUUGCACGUCAAUUUGAAGGUCGUCAUUCUAAGGGUAUUGCAAAGACUGUCACCAAGCAACGUAUCGAUUCGCACUAUGAUUUGGAAUUGAGAGCUGCCGUAUUGCACGAUAUCACCGAUGCCAUGCCUGAAGGUAUCAAGGGCAACAAAUCACGCACCAUUUUGCAACAUUUAUCCGAAGCAUGGCGCGCUUGGAAGGCCAACAUCCCUUGGAAGGUGCCUGGUUUGCCUGUGCCCAUUGAAAACAUGAUCUUGCGUUAUGUCAAGGCCAAGGCUGAUUGGUGGACCAGUGUUGCUCAUUACAACCGUGAACGUAUUCGACGUGGUGCUACUGUUGAUAAGACCGUAUGCCGUAAGAACUUGGGUCGUCUCACUCGUUUGUGGCUCAAGGCCGAACAAGAGCGUCAACACAAUUACCUCAAGGAUGGUCCUUACAUCACUGCCGAAGAAGCUGUUGCUAUCUAUACAUCUACAGUGCAUUGGUUGGAGAGUCGAAAGUUCUCGCCCAUUCCUUUCCCACCCUUGUCAUACAAGCAUGAUACCAAGUUGCUUAUUCUUGCAUUGGAACGAUUGCGUGAAGCAUACAGUGUGCAAGGUCGUUUGAACCAGAGUCAACGUGAAGAACUUGGUUUGAUCGAACAAGCUUAUGACAAUCCACACGAAGCGCUUUCACGUAUCAAGCGUCUUUUGCUCACUCAGCGUGCGUUCAAGGAAGUCGGCAUUGAAUUUAUGGAUCUCUACUCUCAUUUGGUGCCCGUUUAUGAUGUUGAGCCUUUGGAAAAGAUUACGGAUGCUUACUUGGAUCAAUAUCUUUGGUAUGAAGCUGACAAGCGUCAUUUGUUCCCUGCAUGGAUCAAGCCAUCCGAUUCUGAACCACCCCCGUUGCUUGUGUACAAAUGGUGCCAAGGUAUCAACAACCUCACUGAAGUAUGGGACACUUCCGAAGGACAAUGCAAUGUCAUGCUUGAGACCAAGUUCAGCCGUGUCUAUGAAAAGAUCGAUCUCACUCUCUUGGGCCGUUUGUUGCGUUUGAUUUUGGAUCACAAUUUGGCCGAUUAUGCUACAGCCAAGAACAACGUGGUGCUCAAUUACAAGGAUAUGAAUCACGUCAAUGCAUUCGGUCUUAUUCGUGGUUUGCAAUUUGCAUCCUUCAUCUUCCAAUACUACGGCUUGGUGCUUGAUUUGCUCGUUCUUGGUUUGCAUAGAGCCAGCGAGAUGGCUGGUCCUCCUCAAUUGCCAAACGACUUUUUGCAAUAUCGCGAUGUCAGCACUGAAACACGCCAUCCUAUUCGAUUGUAUUCUCGUUACAUUGAUCGCAUCCAUAUGUUCUUCCGAUUCACAGCCGAUGAGGCACGUGAUUUGAUUCAACGCUACUUGACAGAGCAUCCCGAUCCCAACUUUGAAAACAUUGUCGGCUACAACAACAAGAAAUGCUGGCCACGUGAUUGUCGUAUGCGUUUGAUGAAGCAUGAUGUCAACUUGGGUCGUGCCGUCUUCUGGGAUAUCAAGAAUCGUUUGCCACGUUCGCUUACCACCAUUGAGUGGGAAGACAGCUUUGUGAGCGUUUAUUCCAAGGAUAACCCGAACUUGCUCUUCUCCAUGUGUGGUUUCGAAGUACGCAUCUUGCCCAAGAUCCGUAGCAUGAAUGAAGAAUUCACCCUCAAGGAUGGUGUGUGGAAUUUGAUCAAUGAGCAAACCAAGGAGAGAACAGCUCAAGCCUACUUGCGUGUUGACCAAGAAUCCAUGGAUCGUUUCCAUAAUCGUAUUCGUCAAAUCUUGAUGGCUUCGGGUAGCACCACAUUCAGCAAGAUUGCCAACAAGUACAAUACAGCAUUGAUUGGCUUGAUGACCUAUUAUCGUGAGGCUGUGGUGCAUACUCGUGAAUUGCUUGAUCUCUUGGUCAAGUGUGAGAACAAGAUUCAAACGCGUAUCAAGAUCGGUCUCAAUUCGAAGAUGCCUUCAAGAUUCCCUCCUGUUGUCUUCUUUUGUCCAAAGGAAUUGGGUGGUCUUGGUAUGCUUUCCAUGGGUCACGUGCUUAUUCCACAAUCUGAUUUGCGAUGGUCACAACAAACCGACACUGGUAUCACUCAUUUCCGCUCUGGUAUGAGCCAUGACGAGGAUCAAUUGAUUCCCAACUUGUAUCGUUACAUCCAAUCUUGGGAGUCUGAGUUUAUCGAUUCGCAACGUGUGUGGGCCGAAUAUGCUCUUAAGCGUCAAGAAGCCAAUGCUCAGAACCGUCGCUUGACUUUGGAGGAUCUUGAAGACUCGUGGGAUCGUGGUAUUCCAAGAAUCAACACCUUGUUCCAAAAGGAUCGUCAUACACUUGCCUAUGAUAAGGGUUGGCGUGUACGUACCGAUUUCAAGCAGUACCAGGUGCUCAAGAACAAUCCAUUCUACUGGACACAUAGCCGACACGAUGGCAAAUUGUGGAAUCUCAACAAUUAUCGUACCGAUAUGAUUCAAGCUUUGGGUGGUGUCGAGGGUAUUUUGGAGCACACCUUGUUCAAGGGUACCUACUUUACGUCUUGGCUUGGUCUUUUCUGGGAAAAAGCCAGUGGUUUCGAAGAGAGCAUGCGUUACAAGAAAUUGACCAAUGCCCAACGAAGCGGUUUGAACCAAAUUCCCAAUCGUCGUUUCACUCUUUGGUGGUCUCCCACAAUCAAUCGUUCCAAUGUCUAUGUUGGUUUCCAGGUCCAACUUGAUUUGACUGGUAUUUUCAUGCACGGCAAGAUCCCCACAUUGAAGAUCUCUUUGAUUCAAAUCUUCAGAGCUCACUUGUGGCAAAAGAUUCACGAAAGUAUUGUCAUGGAUUUCUGUCAGAUCUUUGAUCGUGAACUUGAAGCUCUUCAAAUUGAAACGGUGCAAAAGGAAACCAUUCACCCUCGUAAAUCCUACAAGAUGAAUUCGUCUGCUAGUGAUAUCUUGUUGUUCGCUGCAUACAAAUGGCCUGUGUCUCGUCCAUCGCUCUUGAACGACCCUAAGGAUGUCAUGGAAGGUCCUACAACAACCAAGUACUGGCUUGAUAUUCAAUUGCGUUGGGGUGAUUUCGAUUCUCACGACAUUGAGCGAUACACUCGUGCCAAGUUCUUGGAUUACACCACUGACAACAUGAGUAUUUAUCCAUCACCUACUGGUCUCAUGGUGGGUGUUGAUCUCGCCUACAACUUGUACUCCGCCUAUGGUAAUUGGAUCCCUGGUAUGAAGCCCUUGGUGCAACAAGCCAUGGGUAAGAUCAUGAAGGCCAACCCUGCUCUUUACGUGUUGCGUGAGCGUAUUCGAAAGGCAUUGCAAUUGUAUUCGUCUGAGCCCACUGAACCUUAUCUCUCGUCAACCAACUAUGGUGAAUUGUUCAGCAACCAGAUCAUUUGGUUUGUCGAUGACACCAACGUCUAUCGUGUCACCAUCCACAAGACAUUCGAAGGCAACUUGACCACUAAGCCUAUCAACGGUGCUAUUUUCAUCUUCAAUCCACGCACUGGUCAACUGUUUUUGAAGAUUAUUCACACAUCUGUAUGGGCUGGUCAAAAGCGUUUGGGUCAGCUUGCCAAGUGGAAGACUGCAGAAGAAGUCGCUGCCUUGAUUCGUUCAUUGCCUGUUGAAGAACAACCCAAGCAGAUUAUUGUCACCCGAAAGGGCAUGUUGGAUCCUCUUGAAGUACAUUUGCUUGAUUUCCCCAACAUUGUUAUCAAGGGCUCCGAACUCCAAUUGCCAUUCCAAGCCUGUCUCAAGGUUGAGAAGUUUGGUGAUCUUAUCCUCAAGGCCACUGAACCACAAAUGUGCUUGUUCAACUUGUAUGAUGACUGGCUGCGUGCAUUCUCUUCUUACACGGCAUUCUCUCGUUUGGUGUUGAUCUUGCGUGCACUUCACGUCAACAAUGACAAGACCAAGAUGAUUUUGCGUCCUGAUCGUAACACAAUCACCGAGCCACACCAUAUUUGGCCAACCUUGACGGAUGAAGAAUGGGCACGUGUUGAAGUACAGCUCAAGGAUCUUAUCCUUGCUGAUUAUGGCAAGAAGAACAACGUCAAUGUGGCAUCGCUUACACAAUCCGAAAUCCGUGAUAUCAUUCUUGGUAUGGAGAUUCAGGCACCAUCAUUGCAGCGUCAACAGAUUGCCGAGAUUGAGAAGCAGACCAAGGAGCAAUCACAGCUUACAGCCGUUACUACCAAGACUCGCAAUAUCCAUGGUGAUGAGAUGGUGGUAACCACGACCAGCAAUUAUGAGACGGCUACCUUCUCAUCCAAGACCGAAUGGCGUAUUCGUGCUAUUUCCGCUACCAACCUCCACUUGCGUACCAACCACAUUUACGUCAACUCGGAUGACAUUAAGGAGAACACGUAUACUUAUGUCAUGCCAAAGAAUCUUCUCAAGCGAUUCAUCACCAUUUCCGAUCUACGCACACAGGUGGCAGGUUUCAUGUAUGGCGUGAGCCCAGCCGAUGCACCCAAUGUGAAGGAGAUUCGAUGUAUCGUUAUUCCACCUCAAUGGGGCACCCAUCAAACCAUCCAUUUGCCAAACACAUUGCCGACUCACGAGUAUCUUUCCGAUUUGGAGCCGCUUGGCUGGAUCCAUACGCAGCCCCAAGAGUUGAUGAACAUUUCACCUCAAGAUGUCUCCACACAUGCCAAGCUUCUUGCCAACAACCGAUCAUGGGAUGGUGAAAAGACGAUCACGCUUACCUGCUCCUUCACACCAGGUUCAGCAUCGCUCACAGCCUAUAAGCUCACUCCUGGUGGUUUCGAAUGGGGCAAGGCUAACAUGGAUACCAGCAACAACCCACAAGGCUACCUCCCAACACACGCUGAAAAGGUCCAAAUCCUCUUGUCAGAUCGCUUCUUGGGCUUCUUUAUGGUGCCAUCCGAGGUUUGGAACUACAACUUUAUGGGCGCACAGUUCAAUGCCAACAUGAACUACCGCUUGGUCCUUGAUGUUCCCAAGGAAUUCUAUCACGAAUCGCAUCGUGCUGCACACUUUAUGAACUUUAGCAGCGAAACAGAGGCUGUCACUGAAGCCGAUAUCGAUGACAACUUUGCAUAA